AUGUCAUCAGGUUCAAAUAUGUCUGCUAAUGGAUCGAAGUCGUUGGCGAUCCCUAAGGAGCAGGAAAGAGGAAGACGGAAAUCUAAUUCAAUUUCCAACGCCAUGCUACAUCAUCAUCGGGAACGAGGAAAUGAAAAGAAAGUUUCAUUUUCAACGUUCGAAAACAGCUCCAGUCAGAUUUUUACACUGGCUUCCAACUCGUCCAGUGACGACGAUUACCAUUACUACGGGUCGAGUGAACUGUACCCUAAUGAUUCCCACGAAGGGAUAUCCACGGCACCAAAAGGGAAAGGACAUCAACAAGAUAGGUAUACGAAGGAGAGCAGUCAUUCGCCACCACAACAUCAUAAUUUUUCGCCGGUACGCAAGAAUUCGUUGAAGAAGUUGUCGUCGUAUCCGGGAGAACGAAUGGGGGUAUCGCAGUCGUUGGACUCUCAGUUACUAGAAGAUCGCAACUCAGGAAGUUCACCUUUGCCGGAAUUCAACAAAAGACCAUUGACAGACACACCUAUAGUGUCGGGAGUUGCGUCGCCAGUGACACGGGACCAGUCGAGUGAUUACGAUGAAACAGACGACGAUGAGGUCAAACAAGACUCGCCAAUGUUGAAGACCAAGAAUAUAUCACACUUGAACUUGACAGACUUGGACGAUAUUUCCUCGAGAAAGGGCUUAAAAGCGCCAAAUCCACACCAAAACAAUAAGUCGGAAUCCAUAUCUCCCAUGACGGUGAAUCAACCGAAGAAAGAGGGAGAUGAAGCGCACGCUGACGGGAACAAACAGGACGAUUUCCAGACACUCAAGAUUAAUAAAGAGGAAAAAGAGGAUUUAUUGCAAGACGUCCCGUUGGACAUGAAGAAGCAGUUUGAAAAGACUCCUUCAUUAGAACACUUGAAAAAUCUUUUAUUGACUAAACCUCCCCCACCAGCACGCAAAACUUAUACUUUAAACAUUCCUGGUCAGACAUCAUCAAAAACUUCACCCGAUGGCCAUAUUGCUUCUGUUGACGUGGGAUCUAAGUUGGUUAUUGUGAUGGUAGGGUUGCCUGCUAGAGGUAAAUCAUAUAUCACGAAUAAGUUGACUAGAUAUUUAAAUUGGCUUCAGCAUGAUUGUCGUGUGUUCAAUGUUGGUAACACUAGAAGAAAAGAUAAAGAAAAUAAUGCCGGUCCUGAAACUAAUCCUUUACCAGAUACAAACACCCCGAAUAACGAGACCAAUACUCCUCCGUCGCAUUCGACUAAGACCACUCCUGCCACUCAUACUGCCGAUUUUUUCAGCCCGGAUAAUAAAAGUACGAAUGCGCUCCGUGAAAAAUGGGCUAUGGAUACUUUGGAUCAAUUAUUGAAUUACGUUAUUGAUGGCUCUGGUUCUGUAGGUAUUUUCGAUGCUACAAAUUCUACCAAAAAGAGGAGAAUGAAAAUUUUAAAGAAGAUUAAAGAGAGAUCACAAGGUGAAUUGAAAGUGUUAUUUUUGGAAAGUAUUUGUUCUGAUCCAGCAAUUAUUGAAUCAAACAUUAGAUUGAAAUUGUCUGGUCCUGACUACCAUUCAAUGGACCCUGAGGUAGCAUUAAAAGAUUUCGUCGGUAGGUUGCACAAUUAUGAAAAAGCAUACGAAACCAUCGAUGACGCGGAAGAAUCUAUUCCGGGUUUCCAAUAUGUUAAAAUGAUUGAUGUUGGUAAGAAGGUUGUCAGUUAUAACGUUCAAGGCUUUUUGGCAUCCCAGACUAUUUACUUCUUAUUGAACUUCAAUUUAUGCGAAAGACAGAUCUGGAUCACAAGGCACGGAGAAAGUGUUGACAAUCUUUCUGGUAGAAUUGGUGGCGAUUCUAACUUAACUAAGAGAGGAGAAAGUUUUGCCAGAACAUUGCUGAGGUUCAUGAAUUUCCAGAGACAAGAAUUCCGCAAACAGCAAUUGGAAAGGUUUUCCACGAGGUUGGAAUUGAGGUACAACUCGAUCUUCGACAAAGAGAAAAACGAAGAAACUAGAGUCGAUAGCAUACCAUCGGAACCAAACUUUUGUGUGUGGACUUCAAUGUUAUAUCGUGCUGUGGAAACAGGUCAAUUCUUUGACGAACAAUUAUUUUCUAUUAAAGAGAUGAGAAUGUUGAACGAGUUAGGCGGUGGAAAAUUCGAAGGUAUGACUUAUAAUGAAAUCCAGAAUAGAUACCCUAAGGAAUUCCAAUCAAGAUUGCAUAAUAAAUUGAGUUAUAGAUAUCCUGGAGUUGGUGGUGAAUCUUAUUUGGAUGUUUUAACCAGAUUAAGACCGCUCAUAACAGAAAUUGAAAGAACAACGGAUCAUUUAUUGAUUAUCUCUCAUCGCGUGGUUUUGAGGAUUUUGUUAGCAUAUUUUCUUAAUCUAGACAAGUCAUCAAUUGGCGAACUAGAUGUUCCACUCCAUACGUUAUAUUGCUUGGAACUGAAGCCUUACGGAACUGACUACCGUAUGUACGAAUACGAUGAAGGCUUAGAUUGGUUUGUCAAAGUUGAACCAGAGCACCAAAAGAACCUAAAGGAAGUAGGGGUAGCCUUCAAAGAGAGAAAGUACUCCGUGGUUCCUACUGCCCCACCAUCCAGUUCCUCCAAGAAGCCGAAGGAUAGAACUUUUAGUAACAAUUCUCGGAACUCCAACUCCGAUUCGUUUGGCUUAAGAAGAAGCUCCAGUUUCGGUUCCCGGCCGGUUGGAAACGCCACCUAUUCUUAUCACAAUAACGAUCAGGCUGCAACAGCAGAUCAAAACAGUACAACCAAUGAUCAUGUGCGAAAUAGGAUAAGUUCUAAAAAAUUAGAGGAUUUGAAUAAACUAAGAAAACCUUAG